AUGGCCGUGGAAAAGCGUCUGGCUUACUCCAUUGUCCAGUUUUUACGGGAUCAAACCAACUCUGGGACGUUAAAUUCUGAUGAGCAAGAAAGCCUUGAAGUGGCAAUACAAUGUUUGGAGACAACCUUUAAAAUCAACUCCAGAGACGGCCACCUUGCUUUGAUUGAGCCGCUGAGAGAGAUUUUCCAUAACGCUUUGCUGAAGAACGAUGUCACGUCACAAGAUACUUCACCAUCUCCAGAGGACGCGGAGAAAGCAGAACAACUGAAGAACGAAGGAAACAACCACAUGAAAGAGGAGAACUACCACUGUGCACUGGAGUGUUACACCAAGGCCAUCGAUCUGGAUCUGAGGAACGCUGUUUACUACUCAAAUAGGGCUGCAGCGCACAGUAAAUUGGGUAAUUACACAGAGGCGACCAGCGACUGUGAGAGAGCCAUAAAGAUCGAUCCUACAUACAGUAAAGCAUAUGGAAGAAUGGGCUUGGCUUUGACAUCUAUGAGCAAAUAUCCAGAAGCCAUUUCAUAUUUCAAGAAAGCUUUGGUCUUGGAUCCAGACAAUGAUACAUAUAAAUCCAACUUGAAAAUUGCCGAACAGAAACUUAAAGAAGCAACUAGUCCGUUAGCGGCUGGGUUGGGCUUUGACAUGGCCAGCUUGAUCAACAACCCUGCCUUCAUCAGCAUGUGGUUUGUGACGUACGCGCGCGAGUGCGCAUGUGCAGAUGCCGUAGUCGGCCCACUUCCUGUCGCGUCUCUCAAACAUGGCGUGUUGUUGUCAGUGAAGGAACAUGAAAUUAACAGGACGUGGACAUUAGGACUACAUAAAGUCGUCUACAGUUGGCCUGAAUAUUACACACCGCCAAAAUGCUGUUGUUUUUGGAAAGAUUCCCUUGAGCCUGAUCAGUUGAACAAUGACAUAAGUAACAGAGAAUUGGCCACCACCGUUUUGUGGUACCUUGUUACAGACAGUCUUUUUGUCUGGGUUUUGGUAAACACUUUCUGUUGUUCGUUGAUGUUAGUUGCUAAGGUGAUUCAGUAUGUAGUGUUUGGACCGCUAAGAGUUAGUGAGAAGCAGCACUUGAAAGACAAGUUUUGGAACUUUAUUUUUUACAAAUUUAUUUUCAUUUUUGGAGUAUUAAAUGUGCAGACAGUAGAGGAAGUUGUCAUGUGGUGUUUAUGGUUCUCCGCACUGGUCUUUCUCCACCUUAUGGUCCAGCUCUGCAAAGACAGAUUUGAAUAUCUGUCAUUUUCACCCUCCACACCCAUGAAUAGCCAUGUGCGAGUGUUGUGUCUGCUAGUCUCUCUGCUCUUGGACUGCUGUGGACUGGCUGUUGGCUGUGGACUUCUUGGUGCUUCCCAUGGCAUGCACACUCUCUCCUUCAUGGCAGCAGAGUGUUUGCUGGUGACAGUCCGUACUGGUCAUGUCAUAAUGCGCUAUUCAAUUCAUUUGUGGGAUCUUAGCCAUGAUGGGACUUGGGAAAGUAAGGGAACGUAUGUCUAUUACACAGACUUCAUCAUGGAGUUAGCUAUGCUUUUCCUUGACCUUAUGCAUCACAUCCAUAUGCUGCUUUUUGGUAACAUUUGGUUGUCAAUGGCAAGUUUGGUCAUAUUUAUGCAGCUGCGCUAUCUAUUUCAUGAAGUCCAGCGCCGCCUCCGCAGACAUAAGAACUAUCUACGUGUCAUAAACAACAUGGAAGCCAGAUUUGCUGUUGCCACUCCUGAAGAGCUAGCUGCUAAUGAUGAUGAUUGUGCCAUUUGUUGGGAUGCCAUGGUUACAGCUCGUAAACUUCCUUGUGGACAUCUCUUUCACAAUUCAUGUUUGCGUUCCUGGCUUGAGCAGGACACGUCGUGUCCCACAUGCAGAAAAUCAUUAAACAUAAAUGGUGAUGGAGUUCAAACAAGAGACCAACAGCAAGGUCCAGCUCUGGAGGACAACAUGGGAGCUGCAGGGCCGGCUGUAGAGGCCAGACCACACAUUAACCAACAUAACCACUUUUUCCACUUUGAUGGGUCCCGCAUUGCAAGCUGGCUGCCAACUGACAGCGAUGGCCUAUCAAAUUCAGGAAAUGUUUGCCCACAAGUGCCCUUGUACUUGGUCAUGCAGGACUUGCAGCUGACGCUCGCAGGUCAGUCGGAUAUGUUGUCCAUCCACAGGAGGUCAUGUGUGGACGAUGACUUCCCCUCUUUGACCGGCCUGUUAAGGAGUUAG